GAUGGACCUGAACUUUGAUAACAUAAUCAGAUCUGUGAAGGAGGCCUCAAAGAGAGAAGGAGGUUGCCCUUUGCCUGUGUGCAGAUCUGGCGCGUGAGAGGGAGGCCUGAUCCCUGAGAAAUGAACUUUUCCCCCACCACCAUGGACGGUGUCGUCUCUCCAGCUUUCCUGUGGUUCCUGAUGCUGGUGUUCACCUUCUACCUCCUGCUGACCUUCAACAAGCACAAGGAAGGCAGCUGCAAGAAGAGAAGGAGGAGGGGCAGCGAUGAGGAGCCCAGAGGUGAGCGGCUCCUGGGCAAGGGCAGGUGCCCUGCAAAGGAAACCCUGAGACCCCACACAUCCACCGCCCCGCUCUGCCUCUGCCGGGGCUCCUGUGAGGGACUGCCCCAUCCGCUCACUUGCCAUCUCCCCUUCCAGCAGCCUUUUCCCUCUGGGAGGAAGGUCCAGAGGAGUCUUCAGGGUCCUCUGGGUCACCAUGCACUGGAGUCCUGGAGACGCCCAUCACGGAUCGCUGGGAGAUGGACCUGAACUUUGAUAACAUAAUCAGAUCUGUGAAGGAGGCCUCAAAGAGGCUCACCUGGGAGGCCAUCAACAGCGGCUCCAUCACUUGUGACUCAGCAAGUGAAGCCAGCUUCUCUUCAGGGACGUCUUUCUCCCCUGCUAGCGAUUAUUCCCUCACUUCAACUUUGGGGAGCCAAGCCAGCUCUUUUUCAGGGGAGUCUUUCUCCUCUUUCACUGAUGGAGAAGGUCUGGCUCAAGGCUCUAGAGUGCAGCCUGUCCUCACGUAUCCCCGGCCUAGCCAGGAGAAGCAGCAGGACCUGGCGACUCGCCCACCUGGCAGGGAAGUGGGGGCCAGCUGCCACAUGGCUGGCAGUGGCCUGCAGCAGCAGCACUUUCAGGCCCACCUGAGUGUUCCCCCCCGAUGCCCAAAGGUGCUGGCCUUCCACGUCAUGGAAACGGAGACAACUUUCUUGUACCCUGAUGCCCAAGAAGACUUGGAGGAGCGUGUCCGGAAAAAGAAACUUGAGAUGCAACUGGGGCUGCCGGCUGCUAUCUGCAAAUCCCUGCACGCUGACCUGUCCUGGCCUCCUAGCCCACCACCACUGCCUGCAAAGCCAGACACGGAGCAGGUUUCCAGCAUGCAGAGGCAAACCUUCCCAGGCAAAGCCGAGUUCAGUGCUGUGGAGUUGGAUUUCAGCUGGAAUGGCAAGGAGAGCUUGGAGUGUCUCAUCCAGGAAAACGAAUGCCAGCAAGAAGCGGGCCUGUCAGCCAAUCUGGGUGAACCUCAGCAGGAGUUGCCAAGCUCAGCUCCUCGAACACCUCAGUGGCAUGCUGAGCCUGAUGAGGUGGUGGUUCUGUCCCUUGGUCCUGGGACACAAGGGGAUGUGCACAGCCCUUGCCCUCCCAGCCAGGCAGAGCAGGCGUUGCUGCAGAGCAAGGGAGCUCACCAGGGGCAAUUGUGGCAGUCCCAUGAGAGCUGGAGCAGCUCCAGUGAGGACAUGAGGACACCAGAGCUGCCAUCAAAGAAGAGUGUCCCCCAGGAAAAACAUGGCCAGUCCCGUGAGAACUGGAGCAUCUCCAGGGAGGACAUGGAGACACCAGAGCUGCCAGCAGCCAGGAGAGCUCCUCCAAGAAAACGUUCCCAGAAGAGACAACACAGUGAGGAGGGCCCCUCAGCUCUGCCACCGGCUCCAGCCCCUGCAGGGACCAGUGUUCCAGUCUCCCAGCUGGAAGGGCUCCUCACAGCCUUCAUCGAUUCCCACAAGGCCAGCCAAGCUGCUCACAAAGCGCAGAACCAGCUGCUGGAGGAAAUGUUGGUGUGGCUCCCAGACAAGGCUGGGGCCCCAAGGAAGGACACGACAGGAGGGCACCCCGUUGGCUCACAGCGCUGCAGACAUGUGGCUGAAAGCUGCCCUCACUGCAGGGGACGGAGAGCAGUGCAGGAUGCUCCCGCGCCGGCUGCCUUGCCCACCAAUAUCACCAUAAAUAUGAGCAAGGACAGAAAUCGCCAAAGGAGUCCUGUCUUUAAGCAGAAAAUGAGUCUGGAGCAAGUCUGCCAAUGGGUAUUAACAGAGGAGCCAGAGCAGGGGAAGGGCAGGGGAAACCCCAAGGACAGAGCCAGCUCCAGGAGACUCUGCCCCAAAUGCGGUAAAGCUCGGCGCCAGAGACUCUCCGGCAAGGAAGGCUUGCAGACCUCACCUCCAUCUGAUGCUGCAGCCCUGGGCGCAGGAAGAGCAGGACACAGGCACCCACCCCAGGGCAGGGGCAAGAGGCAGCAGGGGCAGGAGGAAAGGGCUGCCGCCACCCAGCAGGCAAAAGGGCUCCAUCUUUCCACAACUUCAUUCUUGCGAGCUGGGCAGGCGGGGUCUCAGCCACACCAGGCCCCCACCGGGCCUCUGCCCUCACAUGUGGCGCCUGGGCACAGGACACUGGAGAGGGAGACACCACCUCUGCUGGGCAGCAUCUGCUGUGGGCUCAUCCUCAUCCUGCCGUGCCUCGAGAGAGCCUGCACCAAGCUCCUAGAAAAAAGUCAAGGCCUAAUUUGGCAAGAACAAGGGGAGGAGAGGAGCUGCAAGGGCAAAGGCACAGGCUUUCGGAAGCAGAGCGCCAGCUCCCGCAGGGAUCUCCAGAGGAGAGCAACAGCAUGUGACAGUGACACGCCAGGUUGCAGAUGCUGCGCUCCUGGACUGUGCAGGUGGAGCAGGGCCCAACGGGGCAUGGACCCAGUGAGCAGCAGCUCCUGGCCAGGCCCUCCCAGGGAGCAGGAGCUCUCCUAAUAAAGUCA